AUGGCCAUUUCCUUCCACCUCUUCCCCCAUCUCCCAUGGGAGAUUCGGUCCCGGAUAUGGGAACUUACUAUCGAGCCUCGCAUGGUUGACGUCCGUAUCUCCCACGAGUGGGAUGACCUUAGCGACGAUGUGAAAGCCAAGUACAACCAUUCAAGGCUCGGCCUCCUUCGUUUACGCUCAUCCACCCCCGUGCCUGCACCGUUACAAGCUUGUCGAGAGGCCCGGAGCCACCUCGGGCACCGAUUUUACCACAAGGCCUUCAAACAGUUGCCCGCUGCGAGGUCAAGCUCGGAAACAGUGAGGUGCGAGACACCCGAGGACCGGCUGGAGCUAGGUCUGGAGGCAGAACCGCGCUACAUCUGGGUCAAUUUCGACGUGGACCUGGUCGACACCGGGGACACUCCUUUCAAAUACUUUGAAUCCCAUUUCUUGGACCUCAAGCGGUGGAAAUUUGCGCGGGACAGAUAUUCGAUGGGUGAUGAAGCCAAAGUCUUGGGCAAAGUCGUCAAUGCAAAAGAGAUUUUUGCCGUUUGUCUAGGCCCCCGCGGAGCUAGCGAUUGGGAAGCCACGUAUGAACAAUGCUGUGUCCCCUGCGACAAAGCCAGGUUCUGGCUCAUCGAUCCGAUUCACGGGCGGACGGUGACCGCGAUCGAAAAUGACGCCUUAUGCGAUGAAGCGUGGGUUAGAGACUACAGGAAAGCCGGUGCCUACCUCGACCCUGCUACUAUGCAGCCUUUUGUGCCUUAUCUCCCGCCCGGCUGGUUCGAGGGACGGGAACGAUGGGAUGUAAUUUACCGUUGGAGCAGGGGCUACGAGGAAUCCUACAGGUAG